AUGGAGCCGCCUGCCAAAAAGUCGCGCAAGUUGCUUGAGGAGGAAUCGUCUAGUGAUUCUGAGGAUGAUUCCGGAGGUGUUCCCCUCGGCGGCUCGUCGACGGGAGAUGCAUUCAAGAUCAACGAAGAUUAUGCACGCCGCUUUGAACACAAUAAGAGAAGAGAGGAGAGGCAGCAGCUCGAGGCCAAACUAGGGAAGUCCGAGGAUGAGGAAUCCUCUUCGGAAGACGAAGAUGAAGACGACGACGCAGAGCUGGCUACUGAGGCUGUUGAUGCAGAGAUUAUGGAAACUAUCCAGGCUAUUCGGUCAAAGGACCCUCGGGUAUAUGACCAAAAUGUCACCUUUUAUCAAUCUCUCGAUAAUGAAAACGCGGGCCCGCGAAAUCGGGAGGACAAGCAGAAACCCAUGACCCUCAGAGAUUACCACAAAAAGAACUUACUGAGCGGUGCCAAUCUUGACGAGGACGCGGGGGAUGCUCCGAAGACUUAUGCGCAGGAACAAGAAGACUUGAAGAGUACUAUUGUCAAGGAAAUGCACGCCGCGGGUGAGGAGACUGGAUCCGACGAGGAGGACGAUGAAAACGAAGGCUUCCUUAUUCGCAAAUCAGCACCCGAACCUGUCCCAAAGGGUGAGAAGGCUCCUGAGUUGGAUGUUGAAAAUGCGGGUCAAGACCCUGAAACAUUCCUUUCCAAUUUCAUGUCAUCUAGGGCUUGGUUGCAGAAUGGGAAAUCCGGGCUCCAGCCAUUCGAGUCCGAUGAUGAAGAGGAAGAUGAGCGGGCAGAAGCCUGGGAAGAAGCAUACAAUUUCAGAUUUGAAGAUCCCAGUAAACUUAACAACCAGCUGGUUACCCACGCUCGUGACACAACCAAUAAGCAGUCUGUCCGCAGAGAGGAAAAAAGCGGCAGAAAGAAGCUCAGGGAAGAAGCUCGAUUGAAGAAAGAGGAGGAGAAGAAACAGCGCGAAUCAGAGAAGAACCGACUACGCAAAUUGAAAAUGGCGGAACUUCAAGAAAAGGUCAACAAGAUCAAAGAAGUUGCCGGUUUCCGAGCAUCUGAGCUCACUGAUGAGGACUGGGUCAAAUUCCUGGAUGACUCUUGGGACGACAAAAACUGGGAGGAGGAAAUGCAGAAGCAGUUCGGUGACAAUUAUUACGCAGAGGAUGAGGCUGGUGACGAGAAGAAACGACCGAAGAAGCCCACAUGGGAUGACGAUAUUGACAUCAACGACCUAGUGCCUGACUUUGAGGACGACGACAAACCCACGGCUGAGCUAUCCGACGUUGAAAUGGAUGAUGACGACGGCGAGGGUGGGAAGAAGAAGAGCAAGGCCCAGGAGAGACGUGACCAAAAACGCGAGGCCCGCAAAGACAAACUUCGCAUCGAAGAAGCGGUGGAUCGCAAUCUGGAUCUCGACCUUUCCCUUCUCCCUAACUCUGCGAGGCGUAAUGAUUCUGGAUUCCGCUACCGUGAAACAUCGCCCCAGACCUUUGGAUUGUCUGCGCUUGAUAUUCUUAUGGCUGACGACGCACAUCUCAAUCAAUUCGCUGGGUUGAAGAAGUAUGCCGCAUUCCGUGAGGAGGAGAAGAAGCAGCGGGAUCAGAAAAGGUUGGGCAAGAAAGCCCGGCUACGGCAAUGGCGCAAGGACACAUUUGGCAAUGAGGAGGGACCAAGGGAGUUUGUGUUUGAUAACGACAAGGCCCCCGCUUCAAAGCAAGCCGGCGAUGCUACAGAGAAGGUCGAUAUCCGAGAAGGGGGUCCGCGGAAGAAGAGAAAGAGAUCGAAGAAGCACUAA